ACUACAAGCGGUCAUCAGUCUUAACAAGGACUUCAGUCUGAUUGACACGGACGGAUUUUUUUAACUGUUUAUCCUGCAUAAAGAACCUCGAAGGAUAUCUCGCGCAAGGACGAAGGAUUUUCUUGUGUUGUGAUGUGAACUCUGUGACGAUUCAGUGGUUGGUGUAGAUUUUUUUUUGGUUUUUGAUGACACUGAAGUGACUCGGGCAAGAUGCCGAAAAUAUUUUUGAUCAAAAACAGGUUGCAUCAGCAACAGUUGAGACUCGAAAUUCAGAACGGUGGUAACGGGAAGAAUGAGUUGGGGAUCGGGGAGUCUCAGCCUUUGUCGCUUAUUGUGCAGAAAAAGGAUGAACUCGAGAAGAAACCAGAAGACCGCUCCAAAUCGAUAUCUCCCAGCCCCGAGCCGCCGAAACCCGACAAUGGCCCUCCGCGACGUUUCAUCUCUUCCAUCCUCGGAGGGGACAAACCUUACGGGAGUCGAGGGCACGUGCUCACCCGGGCGGAACGUAAAGAAUACCCCGCCUUGAAGCAAGAGAAAGUAACCAUCCCCGCCGCCAAGAAGCCCCCCGAAGACGUGCCCAAGCCGCAGAACCUAGCCCCCAUUAGGCAGUUUUCCGUUAUCCAGCGCACCCCGAAAACAACGACCAAGAGGGAGGAGGAUACCGAUACGCGGAUGCCGACGAAUCUGGUGAUCCAGGAACCGGAACAGGAGCAGCCGAUCGACUACCACAUACCGAAGAGACGUGGGGAGACGGAAAAUGAGGAGGAGGAAAAGAGGCUGAGAGAGGAGAGGAGGAGUCAGUGUUCGAAAGUUAGCAAGCCGUUGAUAUCUGUGAGAUCCGUAGUUGGUAAGAUGCCAGUGACCAUGUCAGCGGCAGCUGGACACAGCAGAGGCUCAUCCGGCAGUCAAUCCGGAGGAAAUCAAUCGAAUUCAACAUCGUCUGGUGGCGGUGGCACCAUCAACUUCAGCGGUUGUUCGUCAGGCGGUGGAGCGGGGGGUGCAAUAGGAGGCGGUACCGGGGGUGGUGGAAUGAACCCCGGAAGGGACGGAAGACAAAAUUACGGGCCUAGCAGUCCUCCCACCGGCAGUUUGCCGCCUUUUUACGAAUCUUUGAAAGGCGGCAACAACAGCAACAAUUACAACGCCAACGGCACUUACUCCUCCAACUACAUUCUCUCCAACCAGCAGAACAUGGACUGCGACACCGGCCAAGAACUAGCUAACCUGACCAUAAGCGGCAACCAGAGCCCUCCAAAGCAAUACUCCACCCUCCAGAACGCCUCUUAUGGCAUCGUAAUGAAGGACGAGAACGACCUCGAUCUCUACGACUCCAAGAUGGACCCCAUGAACCAACUGCUUCCCGGAGGAUACUCGAGUUACGACGACUCGAUGAUGGUCGACCUGGUGACCGGCACCGUCGUCGAUCCGCUGCAGUUCACGGCGACGCUGACGUUCUCCAGCUCAGCGGAGAACGCCCUGUUGGAGAGCUUCUCCGACGCCACCGAUCUGUCCAGUUUCCUCCAGAGACUGCCUAGCGAGGAAAACGAGAGCGAUGAUGUGAUCGCGAGCAAUAUUCACUCGCCGGCGAUAACGCCUGACUCGCAGCUGCAGCCCGUCGAUCAGAAUAUCGAAGCCUUCAGUGAGCAGAUGUUGAAUAGCAGGAACUAUGAAAACCGAUCCAGCUUCUCCCACAACCAGUUCUCGAAAAUCUACCAGGAAUCUUUGCCCCCGUACCAGUCUCCCCUCAACGCGGACUCCCUCCAGUCGCAGAUCCAUCCCCAGCAGAUGCUCUCGCCGAGCUUGUCAUUCAACAGCAGUGGCCUGGACCUGGACUCGCCGACGACGAUGUCGCUGCCUUCGCCGGGGGCGGCGAGCUGCUCCUUGGACGGACCCCACGACGGCGGCUCCAACACGCCUCCCGCAAACGUGAGUGGCAGAAGGGGUAGCAGGAGGGAUAGUUCGAGCAGCGACGCUCCCUCCCUGCAGGGCAGGGUUAAUGUUCUCCACAGGUUGGGUCUUCCUGCAGAGGUUCAGCUGGAAUUCGUCAACGGCGGCCACGGCAUCAAGAACCCCCUGGCCAGCCAGGAGACGACGAGGAGCACCUCAAGGACUGAAGACAAAGCCAAAGUAGCGUCGAUCACGACCGAGGACGGUCAAACGAAUUUCGCGUGCAGGAUCUGCAACAAGACUUUCGCACUGCAGCGUCUCCUGAACAGGCACAUGAAGUGCCAUUCCGAUGUCAAGAGAUACUUGUGCACUUUUUGUGGGAAGGGUUUCAACGAUACGUUCGAUUUGAAGAGGCACACGAGAACGCAUACAGGUGUGAGACCCUACAAAUGCGCCCUCUGCGAGAAAUCCUUCACGCAACGCUGCUCCCUGGAAUCCCACUGUCUUAAAGUGCAUGGUGUACAGCACGCAUACGCUUACAAGGAGAGGCGGACCAAGGUGUAUGUUUGCGAAGAAUGCGGUCACACGACGAACGAACCUGAGGUCCACUACUUGCACCUCAAAGAAAAACACCCCUACAGCCCCGCGUUGCUCAAAUUCUACGAUAAAAGGCACUUCAAAUUCACGAAUUCGAACUUUGCGAAUAUGCUCUUGCAAGUACGUACCUAACGUGACUUAUUUGCUCGAAUUUAUGUCCGUCCAAUGUAGAAGGUAGUCUGUUGAAAAAUUAAUUUCUUGACGCAUUGGAUCUGUCAAAUCUUUUCUGUGAUAAUACAUGUUUGUUUUUUAUAAUCUCUCUUCUUCAACUACAUUUUUUGAUAACCGGGAGGUUAUGUGCAGGACAUGGAAAUAAAACGAGGGAUCAAGCCUAAAGCGUACCACACACACGCACCCGCGCACUUGAUCGUUUGAGCGGAGACUAUAAUAAAAAAUCGGGUUUUUUGUGCAAUCAGGUGGAUGGAACUGGGUUACUUAUUAUGUAAGUGUAGCUUAGAUCAAACUGUAUAGUACUGGAACGACGUUAGAAUUUGGAAAUUUGACAGUGCAUCAAAGUUUCAGGGAAAGGCACCGAUUGUCAAUGGGAAACGAAACUCCAGAAAACGCAUUUGAGAAAAAUAGCGAUUUUUUUAAACGAAGACUACAUUGGUUUUGAUUUUCAGACAAUUCAAGAUAAUUUUGACUUGAUGGUUGAAUUUUUAGUUGGUGGUUCCAAUGAAAAUCGCAGAUCAUUAUCAUUUUGUCUGUCUUGUUAAGAGACAUGCCUAUGAUGGUCGGUCGGUAGCCAGGCGGUUCGAUGUGGGUGGUUUGUUCACUCACUCAAAUUGACUGCCGUGUUGGUC